ACUCAAGACGCACUAACCGAAAUGUUAAGUUGCUUAACUACAAAAGAAAAACAGGUGAAAAAUUUUCCCAGACUGGAGUUACGAACAAUCCAAAUAAUUCGAUAUACUAAUUGUGGGCCCCAAAAUGAGUUGCUGUCUUUUUUCCCUGAAGCGCAAGUUGCCGCCGCGCCGGUAAACAGCUCUUACGCGCGCCGAUCUUGCACUUUCUGCCUAGAAAUGGCGACUCCGGGGAAGCGAGUGACACAAGAGACGUGUUUAAACGGACGACAUACCCGGGCCGACGCAAAACGGCGACCUUUACGAAUUUCGGGCCGCACAAGUUGCAGCCGCCGCGCCGGCAAACAGCUCGUUCCAUUCGAUUCUUUUAGCAGCUUCAUCAACCAUAUAAACAUACUACAUAUAACUAUAUAUAUAACCGGUUCUCAUGGCUAUAUAUUUUGCAACAUCUGUCGGAUCAUCGUGCUAAGUCACUGCAUUAAGUCAUUAUACGCGCAAGUCGCGGGAUAAUUAUGAGAUAACUCUAGCGCACAGCAAAUAAAACCUGUACAGUUAUUCUUAGAAUAUUAUAAUAUCAUGUGCACGAAACUACGAGCGUAUACUUUUUAUAAAACUCAUUUCUAUCGCAGCGAGUGCUACUUUCUCCGGAAUUUCUUCGUAAAAUAGGCGCAAUUGACAAACGCUCGAGCAGGCAAUGGGUCUUCUGGCCCCGCGGGCCUCUCUCACGCAUGGAAAAAUAUUUUUCUUUCUGCCCACUGUAAGGAGAAAUGGGACAAGAAUCCGGCCUCAUGACACAUCGCAGGCGACGGCCGCGCAUCCUCGCCAGGUGAGCGCGCACGGGAGAGUGACCGUUACGCAGGUAGGACGCAGGUAGGACGCAGGUCGGUUCUCCAACCAUAGCGCCACCUGAGCCGAUCCAUCGUCGGUGCCUCAAAAUGGCCGUUCCUCUCACCUCAGACCUUCCUGGAACGUCGACGGAGGCAGGUGGCGAUAUUCAGGUUCCGAUCUGACUCGCGAGGCCGCCUUCGCUUAGUGCCGAGACCUCAUUCCAGGUGGCGAACAGCCGAAACCGUGUCACCCGGGACGUUCGUGCGCGCCGCGCUGGAAGGUCGAAAGUGCCUGUCGUGCGUGUAAUCGCGCGAGAGUGGUACUCGCGGCGGAGAGCACCGCGAGAGUACGCGGCGUGUCUCCGCAGGGCGAGCCCGACGCGGUUCCCCCGGGGGUACUCGAUCGCGAGGCGUUCCGUUCCGUCGGCGACGAGCGGCGAUCGCGGGUGAACAGGUGGACUGGCCCUCCUCUCCUCCUCUACGCCGCCGUUCCCUCCUCGUGUUCCUCCUCGUCCGCGUCGAGCGCGCGCGCGCGCUCGCGAGGCUCGCGAAACGGAGCGAGGCGCGCUCGCUCGGUGAUUUCGAUGCGCGGCACGGAAAUAAUCGCUAGACCGAGGGGGACCGCGAGUGAUACCGCGCGCGCGGUCGUUACGUAGUGGCUCGAGGCUCCGUCGUUACCUGCGAUCUUCCACCUGGCUGGCGGAAGCUGGUCGCGCCCAGGGCCAGACACACCGGAGGACCAGACGACUCGAGGGACGGAUAUAUGCCCGGCGGUCACGGAAGUCGUCCAGACUGCACGCGGCUAACGCCGAGGCGAGGAUUAUGAGGACGUCGUACGCAUUGAGAGCGAAACACUGCGCCGUACGAGAAGACGACAGCGAGCGGUGAUCGGGACGACGAGGACUCCGACGCGGGAAGAGAGUACCGGGUUCGGCAAGGCGGUCCGUCGAGGCGGUCAUCAUGUAUCGGCCGAAUUUUUACGAGAGCACGUGUCUGAGGUGCGCCCAGACCGUCUACCAGGUCGACAGGGUGGGCCCCUUGAAGGACUUCACGUUCUUCCACGCGGGUUGCUUCAAGUGCGCGAUCUGCGGCACCAAGCUCACCCUGAAGACCUACUACAACAAUCAGCACACGAUCAACGACAAGGAGGUGUACUGCAGCAGUCACGUGCCCAAGCCCGGGCCCGGGACCCUGGACGGGUCCAGCGUGGGCAUCAGGAGCGCCCUUAACGUACCUAGAAGCGGCUACGUUAACGAGCAGAUCAGGGCGGGAGGCGCGUCGCCGCGCGGCGUCUAUCCACCAUGUUACGAUAAUGUAGACUCGCCUAAUUAUGCCAGGCACCUGAACGGGCACGGCUCGCCGCCGGCGGCUAACUCGUCCCAGCGCGAUGGCAUCCACGGCGGCACCGGCGGUGCCUCCUCGCCGUACAAUCACAAUUAUUCGGGGGACGGCAGCUAUCAGUACGGCAGGUUCGACGCGAGCGCCCUGCACAUCGCCCAUGCGCUCAAGCAGACCGAGCUACAGAAGGGCUACAGCAAGGCCCGCGAGAAACCCAUCGAUUAUUAUCUGGAUCGCGAUGAACAGACGCGCCUCGAGAUGAAGCAUCGGAAGGAAGAAGAUGAUUUAUACCGGAAGUUUGCGCAUCAUCGCGAGGAAGAGGACCGGCGAAUCCGCGAGGAAUUCCGAGAUGAGUGGGAGAAGGAGCUGGAGCAAUUGUCGGCGAGAUGGGAACGGGAAAAAGGCGGAAGAGUUCGAACCCAGCAAUUUCAGCAGGAGAAGGAGGACUUGGAGAAGAACAUGACUCUACGCAGGGACAAGAAGAAGGAAAGUCUCACGCGCAAAAUGCUGGAGCACGAACGGGCGGCAACCGCCGCGCUGGUGGAGAAACAGAGCUCGGAGAUGCUGGAGCUGAUCAAUGAGGCGAGAAGCGAGUACAUGCUACAGGAGAGUUUAUACCUUGACGAAGGAGACGGUUAUGCCCAGGAAGCGCCGCCUCCGCCUUAUCCAUCGCGCGCGCCACCCCCGCAGCCGCCAACCCUCGCCAAGUACCAUAUCUACAAUGAUCCCCUGGAGUUCGCCGACAUGGAUCAGAUAGCUAUUUCGGUAGCCCAAGAAGAUCAAAAAACGUUCACCGACUUGGUGCGACAGUUGGUGAGCAGAUGUGGAUCGGAUAUAGAAAAGGCGAGGACAAUAUUUCGAUGGAUCACCGUGAAGAACCUGAACACUAUGCAGUUUGACGAGAACUUACGGGGUGACACUCCCAUGGGUCUGCUGAGGGGCAUCAAGCAUGGCACGGAAAGUUACCACGUUUUAUUCAAGCGAUUAUGCAGUUAUGCGGGCUUGCACUGCGUGGUCAUCAAGGGUUACAGCAAGUCGGCGGGCUAUCAGCCGGGCGUUUGCUUCGAGGACAACCGAUUCCGGAACAGCUGGAACGCCGUGUACGUGGCAGGUGCAUGGCGGUUUGUCCAGUGUAAUUGGGGGGCACGACACCUCGUCAAUGCCAAAGAGGUUCCCCGUCCUGGCCAGGCGAAAGCUAAGAACGACAGCCUCAGGUACGAAUACGACGAUCAUUACUUCCUGACGGACCCCCGGGAAUUUAUAUAUGAAUUCUUCCCCCUGCAAGAGGACUGGCAGUUGCUUAAACAACCGAUUUCACUUAAGGAUUUCGAGGAAUUGCCUUUCGUACGGUCUCUAUUCUUCAGGUACGGCCUUUACUUUCCGGAUACGAAUACGAAUGCCGUUAUGUAUACGGAUUCCACCGGCGCUGCGACCGUGAGGAUAGCGAUGCCGGCGCAUAUGCAAUCAUCCCUUAUCUUUCAUUACAAUCUCAAGUUUUACGACAACGACGGCGAUGGCUACGACGGUGUGUCGCUCAAGCGUUUUGUCAUGCAGUCGGUUGUGGGGAAUAUAGUUGCGUUCCGAGUUCACGCACCGUGUUCCGGUGCCUUUCUCUUGGACAUAUUCGCCAAUGCGGUAACGCCGAAGGAAUACUUGACCGGCGAACCGAUGAAAUUCAAGAGUGUCUGCAAAUUCAAAAUCGCCUGUGAAGAACUGCAGACGGUGAUGGUACCACUGCCGGAUUGCGCGAGUGGCGAAUGGGGCCCCACCAAAGCUACCAGACUAUUUGGUCUCAUACCCAUCACUCAUCAAGAAGCCCUAGUGUUCGCCGGGCGCGAACUGGAGAUUCAAUUCCGCAUGUCGAGGCCGUUGACGGACUUCAUGGCGACCCUGCACAAGAACGGCAUCGAGGAGAAGCGCCUGUCCAAGUACGUGACGCAUUCCAUCGCCGACGACGACGUGGUCACUUUCUCCAUAAGUUUCCCCGAGGAGGGCCAGUACGGCCUGGACGUAUAUACCCGGGAAUCCACGGCCUCGCCCGUCACUCAGCACGACGUCACCGGUGAGAAGCAUCUGCUCACGCACUGCUGCAAAUAUCUCAUCAACUCCAGCAAACGGAAUUGACAGUGAAAUCGGACGCUCUUGGAAACGUACAGUUUCCAUUCGAAAAUUUCAACCUGAGCUACGGACGACGAUUGACAGCGACGGCCGGGAUUCCAGUGCUCGUUAAGACGAACGAUAACGCAAAUGCACUCAUCCCGUGGUGCUUUCGGGGAAAUUAUUAAAAUCAGGAAGACGGAUUGAAAUAUCUUGCAGGCAUAAUAAUCGCACUGUCGCUAUACCCAUCGCGGCAAAAUAACUGUUUCACGAUCCGAAAAUCUCGCUCGUCAUAUACCGAGCUCAUCUCUAGGGGAUAGAGAGUUGAUAACAUAAUCGUAUCGGAAGUAGAUCGGCCAUGAAUAAUAAAUUAACGACGCUUUGUCGCGAACGUCGAGACAGAAAGGGGAAAAGUGGCCGGUCGAGUGAGGACAGUGACGAAGAGGCAAUGGUGAAAGCAAUGGCGUUUCACGCCAUUCUUCAAGGACUAUUUUUAUGCAAUUCCGCUACCUCGAGUCUAACAGUAGGCUUACGACUUGGAGAUAAUUAUUAAUGUAAAACUAACUGUGGAAUUCUUAUUUGACGCGGGAGAGACGUUUUUCGAAGGGCUUCGGGCAGAGCAGAAGAUAUACCUUCGUAUAUAAGCGAACGGGUUUAACGCGAUUUCCUCAACACCCGGUAUGUACGGAACGCGCUUACGGUCGUGCUCCCUUGUAUCAUCUACCGAGUUAGUACUUCCGUAUAAUAAUUCUCCCCUCCCUCCCCCCCGCGAUCACGCUUCUCUUACGCAACGUAUCAAAUAAAUUAUUGCGGUCUGCGAUUCCGUCGUAACAACUUCAUCUCGGAGCUUUACUCUCACCGACAGAUUUAUAUAUAUAUUUAUCGCUAAUACCACAUUAUUUUCAGUACUUCUUAUUAUACACGACCUCGAUCGCGGAUCCAUUAAGCGUGUGGACGCGCGUAUAGACCGAAUACCGUAAGCAAAUAUAAUAUAUUUUAUGUACGAAAGAUGCUUCUGUAUAUAUAAUGUACGUAUAUAAGACAAUUGCGACUUGAAAAUAUCGUUAUCCACAAGGAACACGGAUUCUGAAGAAGCACUCGUUCACUUUCGUUCAGCCCGCUCUCGGUUUCUUGAAAUACACUGUCCUCUCUGUAGAACGGUAUUAUCUAUUUUGCAAUUAGACUCGCGCGCCUUCGUUUUGACACAUUUUUCAAGUCGCAGUUUUCGAGCUGCACAGGUGCUAUACUUUAUAUAUUAUCCUUUAUAAUUAUACGCACAAUCGAGUAGCAGUCAUACAAUUAUUUUAGUGGUAGGAUAUAUAGUAUUCGCACCAUCGACUAUGCGAGCAAAAACGUCGUUCAUAACAGAUGAAAAGAAGAAACGGUAUAUAUUUGUUAAUCGUGUAAUAUUAAUCUUUCUUGUUGUUAAUUAAAAUUUUAACCACGAAAGGAACCCCCACAUUAUUGCCUUAUGUAAUAGAUGUAAUUCGAGCUUACGAAGCCUAUUUUGUUACGCAUUAACAUCCAUAAAUAUGUAAAUUAAUUUUUUAUAUACUGUAGUUACUUUCAAUAAAAUUUGAUAUUCUUGUA